AUGAGGGAGAUUGAAAUAGAAACAGCUUGCGGAAAGCUUGGAAUAAUGAGAGGUGUGGCCAUCAAUAAUACUUAUGUUUUUUAUCGGCUAGGCAAUUCAGAAGACAAAACAGAAAUUUGCGAAGAUGGAGGCAAAUUCCCUUUUUGAAAUAAAAUCUGUUCUUUAAAAGGCAGGGACCCAAAAAUUCUGAUGAAAGUCUAUACCACUCAUCCUGACGGAGACAUUCUUAUUGGGAGCUCAAGAAUUGACGCUAAAGAAGGUGAGCGGUGGGUUGACAUCGUACGAGAUCAGGUGGGAGCUGGACAGAUAAAGAUCAAAAUAUCUAUUAAAGACAUUCAGCAGCCAAUGGAAGUUGGCACUCAAAAAUCAGCUACACAACAACUAAUGACCCGUCACCCUCAAGAUAUAUCUCUUCAGUCCCCAGGUCAAGAAACAAACGUCCAUUGUGGAGAGCCUAUGUACGAAGACCAAGCACGACCUCCCCCUCAAUCAAAAAUGAGCUAUGCAAAAAAUCAUUCAAUACAUAUGCAAGAAGAAUCCAAAGGAUUGCAACAACACUAUGGGCCAAUAACUCAGCAUAUGAUAGAAAAGCCAAAUGGCCCUUACCCGCAGCCUUAUUUAUAUGCCUGUGACCAGGUGAAGCCACCUGAGCAGGAAGGGAUUAUAGUUCCUCAGCCUUCACAUCAGGAUAUAAAUCGAGAUAUGAUCUACUAUGGAGGAGGGCACAUGUUCGGCCCAAUGAUGAUGAGCUUUCAAGGGGUGCAACAGAGCCCUUUUGUUGAUCCUUCAAUGCAUCAACAUAUAUGUGAAGAUCCUUCACACGCUCCUUUUUAUGGGAUGCCUUAUCAAGGGUUUAAUCCUUAUUAUCCACAAAAUUCAUAUCAAAUUCCACAGAACCCACGAUCCUACCAGGCCAACCCAUAUCUAAACGGCCAACAAGGAGCUUAUAUGUAUUAUCAGCAAAAUCCCAACUUUAAGUAA